UGUUUAUUCUGUUAUUUCUCUACCGAAAGUCUAGAAACUUGUAUAACGGAUUUUUUGAAAAUACUUGCUCAGCCUCUCCUACUCCUCCAACUUACGUCGCACGCACUCUUAGCCAAUCACGGGCCUCCCCAUAAAGUUUGCGCCUUCCAGGCUAUAAGAGCGCUCCAAGCUUUCUCCUGAGUUUGAGCGACACCUCGGUGGCGCGCGAGGCCAGCGCGAGUGCGCGACACUUUUGAAGGCGAAUUCCAGAAAGGAAGUACGAAUAGAAGCGAACCGAAGGUGAUGUUCGAGGAAGAGGCGAUGCACGACGAAUCAAGUUCCCCGGAAUCCCCGGUGGACAGCCUCGGUAACAGUGAAGAAGAGCUCGACAGGCAACAGAAGCGCGGCACAAAGAAAAGGAGAGCGAGCCGAAGAAGCGGAGAGGACUCGGACAGCCCGACGCCAGGCUCCGGGAAAAGAGGCAAAAAGUGCGCCGGAAGCCCGCAGUCGUUCGAGGACCUGCAGACGCAGCGCGUCAUGGCGAACGUGCGGGAGCGACAACGCACGCAGUCCCUGAACGAGGCGUUCGCGUCCCUGCGCAAGAUCAUCCCCACCCUGCCCUCGGACAAACUGAGCAAAAUACAGACUCUCAAGCUCGCCGCGCGCUACAUCGACUUCCUCUGCCAGGUGCUGCAGAGCGACGAGCUGGACUCCAAAAUGGCGAGUUGCAGUUAUGUGGCGCACGAACGGCUGAGCUAUGCGUUUUCCGUGUGGAGGAUGGAGGGCGCAUGGUCCAUGUCAACAUCUCACUAACGCGCACAGACCUGCGGCUUCUUUGGAGAGCGAUGAUUUCUAACUGUGAGCAGCAGAAGAACUGCAGGAGAAAACACAGCAAGAGGACCAAAGGAAACAGCCUGUAGAGUCAGCAGGCCCGGAUUAUAGCCAAACACGGAAGGUUUUGGAGACAAUCUUACCGGGGUGGACCGGGGGCGUCGUCGCGAGCACUUAACGACAGUGCACAAGGAAUUGCCUUGAAGAUUCGUGCUUGUAAAUGCGAUUUUGAGGAUGAAUUUUGGAACUUUGUACUUCUGUAGGCUAUAUGCAUGCAUUCCGACAAGCCUUGCCAUCUCAUACCAAGCUACAAAGACUGCAGAAGCAGGAAGCAGGCGCUUCAUUUCGGGCUGACAG